AUGGGUCAAAAGAGAGAGUUGGGCCUUGGAAAGGCAUCUAAGCUGAAAAAGAGAAAGUCUGAACAAACCAAAGAACCUAGUACCGAAAAUGAGCUCCAACAGAGUAAUGAACUAACAAUAGAGUUGAACGAAGAGAUCGAUGCGGACGAUGAGCUUGCUCAAUUGAAAGCACUUUGGAAGACAUAUGCGACAUCUGAAGAAAAGAAUGAGUUAGUUUUAAAUGGAAUAGUUCAUGAAUGCGAUCGUUUACUUAGAAACUCUGAUUCUUCGGAGGAAUCGAGGCAAAAAUUACCUGAUUUCUUCCAUUCUAUAUAUGCAUUGGCAUUAUCUGCAUUAGCAGCUUUUCAGGAGAACCCCAAGAAAGCGAAAAGCUUUUUCACUGCUUCCCUUGAGAGGAUUGAGCUCGGAAUUUCUACGUUUCCUGAUUCUGUAAACUUACUUGUCACAAAGAGUCGGAUUUUACUAAGCCAGUUGUUAUUACAGUACAUUGGGUCAUUAGAUGAAGCUUCCGUUAUAUCUUCAGAGAAUCCAGAUAUCAGCAAACUAUUGGAUGAAGCAUUACAAGUUUAUGAGGAAGGAGAACGAAAGGCGGAUUCUCAAAGUCUCUUCGAAGCGUUCAAUGAAGAAAACUUUGAAACACUUCAAAUGUUCGAUGAUCUACUUGAACACAUUGAUAACUUUGGAAAAAAGAAGAAUGAAGAGGAUUCCAGUGAUGAAGAAGCCAGUGACGAUGAAGAAGAAGGAGAAGAAAUAGAAGUGGAAGAAGACGAGAACGUGUUGUCAAAAGAGCAUCCUCUUUAUGAAAUCAGAACUACUGAUAAAUAUAAUCAAUGGUGGAGAGAUCAUACAAUUAAGUUUUUAAAUAAUGUUAGAACCCAAAUCGAUAAAGAUGAGCAUCAUUUGAGCCCUUUGAGUCGUCAAAUAUCUAAAUUACUAGGACAAUCGUUUUUACAGGAGGCUGAAGUGCCGUCAAAUGUGUUUACAUCAUUAACCUAUGAUGAAAAUUUACAAGGUACCGAGGAGCUUGCAGGCUUGACGAAAGAGCAGGCUCAAGAAUAUGCGAAAGAUUUGUUAAAAAAGGGUUUAGAAUACUUAGAAGCGGCAGAGCAUAAGGAUGAGCCUGAAUCAUGGGUUAUGAUUGCAGAAGCAAAAAUCUCACUAGCUAACUUAUAUGAACUAGAUAGUGAAGAUCAGGAGCAGUUAUAUGCUGAGGCGGAGAAAAUCCUUACUAGGGCAAACCGAGUUACGCACGGGAAGUUUCAGAGCAUUUUAGAUAAUUUACUCGAGAGCUAA